AUGGCUUACUGUCGUGUACUGAAGGUAGAGGUAAGGCUGUUGCAGAAACCAGCUACAGUCAUGUGGAAUUGUUGUCCCCUCAACAUGACUAUACCUGUGCUUAUGUCUGUCUGCGAAAUGGAUGGCAAAAAUCAACGGAAUGCCUUGAAACACAAGGAGAAAGUUGUGAUCCAGGCCUUGCUAGACCUUCGCCUGACCUGGUUCUGCAGGUACCAAAGCUAUGAGGCUGGCCUGAGAAGAUGUAGUGGUGUUGCUCUGUCUGGCAACCAGAGGAACCUUCGUCCUUACAAGGGAGACACUGAUCUCAGUCUACCCAAUGGCACACCUGUGGACACUUCUAGCCCAGCCUCCUCCUCAUCUCUCCUCAACAGACUGCAGCUGGAUGACGACUUGGAUGGGGAAACUAGAGACCUCUUUGUUACUGUUGAUGAUCCCAAAAAACAUGUGUGCACAAUGGAGACGUAUAUCACAUACAGGGUUACUACAAAGACCACGCGAGCAGAGUUUGAUCUGCCAGAGUAUUCUGUCCGCCGGCGGUACCAAGACUUCAACUGGUUGAGAAAUAAGCUGGAAGAGUCUCAGCCAACACAUCUCAUUCCCCCUCUUCCAGAGAAGUUUGUGGUGAAGGGUGUUGUCGAUCGCUUUUCUGAAGAGUUUGUGGAGACGAGGAGGAAAGCAUUAGACAAGUUCUUGAAGAGAGUAACUGAUCACCCGGUGCUUUCUUUUAAUGAGCACUUCAAUGUGUUCCUCACAGCCAAGGAUCUUAAUGCCUACAAGAAGCAAGGAAUGGCAUUGCUGUCAAAGAUGGGGGAGUCUGUCAAAUAUGUCACAGGAGGUUACAAGUUAAGAAGUCGGCCACUGGAGUUUGCAGCCAUUGGGGAGUAUCUAGACACAUUCUCUCUAAAGCUUGGUACCAUUGACAGAAUAGCACAACGGAUUAUCAAGGAACAGUUGGAAUACUUGGUGGAACUACGGGAAUAUGGACCUGUUUAUUCAACCUGGGGAGGGCUGGAGGUUGAGCUUUCAGAGCCAUUGGAAGGGGUGUCUGCCUGCAUUGGGAAUUGCUGCACAGCUCUUGAGGAACUCAGUGAAGACAUGACAGAAGACUUCCUGCCUGUGCUUAGGGAAUAUAUAUUGUACUCGGAAUCGAUGAAGAAUGUGUUGAAGAAGAGAGACCAAGUUCAAGCGGAGUAUGAAGCAAAACUGGAAGCAGUAGCCUUGAAAAAAGAAGACCGUCCAAAGGUACCCACAGACGUUGAGAAAUGUCAAGACCGAGUAGAGUGUUUCAAUGCUGACCUGAAAGCAGAUAUGGAGAGAUGGCAGAACAACAAAAGACAAGACUUUAGGCAGCUACUCAUGGGGAUGGCAGAUAAAAACAUCCAGUACUACGAGAAGUGCCUUACGGCGUGGGAGUCAAUUAUACCACUAUUGCAAGACAAGCCAGAGACCAAGUAAGAAGUACCUUCAUGGACAGUCUAGCACUUCUAUGCUCAGUACCACUAGACAUACUGGAACUGUAUGAAGGACUCCUUUGUCAACUUAACUGAAAUGACAGCUGCACUUAGGCUGGAACAGAAACUCUGAAAACUAUUUGAAUUUUUUUCCUCACUUUCUGUGUUUAAACUGGGGUAUGUUUCAUCUUUUUUGAGUUAUCUUGAAUGGUUCCUUCUUUAUCCUAUGGAGUGAUUGGGGGUUCAUAGUGAAAGUGCAUGGGGAUCUUGAUAAAACUUACCUCUCUAAUCUGGAAGGAACUGAUGAGUGGAACACUAAAAAGAUGAAAAUAAAACUCUACUGUGAGGUGCCAAAUGACAUGUUUAUUAC